UACCAGCUCGGUUGUUUUUUACUUUUCGGAAAUGGGAAUGAAUGUUAGAGCUCUUGUUUUAUUAGGUUUCCAAUUCUAAAUUAAUAAAAUAAACUGAUAGCAUUAGCAGUUUAUACACAGAUACAAUGUCGGAAAUUAUUUCCAUAGGAACAGAUAUCCACAAAAUGAGCCGAUUUCUAAACAUAUUGAAGCGUAACGGUCCCCUCACAGUUUUCAAGACAAAGCGAUUUAGUGAACGAGUAUUGAAUGCCAAACAUGAACUACCGAAGUUCAACAAGUUUCUAUCUAUGAAUGAAACUGAAGAAUGUGCUCGAAUACUAUCGGUAUCUUGGAGUGUCAAGGAAGCCGUAUAUAAAACCCUCGAUGAUGAGGAUCAACGUGAGUUUAUCAUGAAAGAUUGGUAUAAAAUUAAUGAUUUGCGUGGAAGGCCGCUCAUUUGUAAUCCUAUAUACGAGUCAUUAAAAAAGAAUGAAACCUUCCUAUGUACUAUAAGUCAUGAUGGGGACUUGGUGAGUUCCUUUGUGCUUCGAAAACGUUUAUGAAAAGAAUAUUCUAGAGGAGGCCGGUCCUGUACAAGAAGUAUUUUGUUAUACUAUAAUUUUAUGUCUAGAAAAUA